GAAACUAUGCCCCAGACGCCCAUAUUUUCCAGCAUGCUUGGUUCCAGUUGUAGUGGACAAGUGCAGCCAGAUAUGGGAGAGAGGUGUGUGGACCCUGUUUAUCAGGAUGGGAACCUUGUUUCUGGAUCACUGGAAGCCUUGAUAGAGCGCCUGGUGCCCACCAUGGACUAUUAUCCAGAUAGGACUUACAUCUUCACUUUCCUAUUGAGCUCACGAGUCUUCAUUCACCCACACGAGCUCCUGGCUAAAGUGGGGCAGAUCUGCAUUAAACAGAAGCAGCAGCUAGAAACGGGGACUGAGGCAGAAAAGGCAAAGCUAAAAUCCUUCGCUGCCAAAAUCAUUCAGCUCCUGAAGGAAUGGACUGAAACUUUUCCCUAUGAUUUCCAAGAUGAAAAAUCCAUGAAAGAGUUGAAGGAGAUUGCUCACAGGAUCACGCAAUGUGAUGAGGAGAAUGGAACAGUGAAAAAGAUCAUUAGCCAGAUGACACAGAAUCUCCUGAUGGCCCUCUCCGCACGGAGCCAGUACCAAGAAAUCAGAGAGAAAUUCCGGCAACCUGUUACUGACAAAGGCACCAUCCUCAAAACCAAGCCACAGUCAACUCAAAAGGACAUCCUGAGUGUGUGCUGUGACCCUCUGAUCUUGGCACAGCAGCUGACCUAUAUCGAACUGGAAAGGGUGAGCAACAUUUACCCAGAGGAUCUGAUGCAGAUUGUCAGCCACAUGGACUCCCUGGAUAAUCACAAGUGCCGCGGCGAUGUGACCAAAACCUAUAAUUUGGAGGCCUAUGACAAUUGGUUCAAUUGUCUCAGCAUGCUGGUGGCUACAGAGAUUUGUCGGGUUGUAAAGAAAAAGCAGCGUACAAGAAUGGUGGAAUUUUUCAUUGAUGUGGCAAGAGAGUGCUUCAAUAUUGGAAACUUCAACUCAAUGAUGGCUAUUAUCUCUGGCAUGAACUUGAGUCCUGUGGCACGACUAAAGAAAACUUGGUCCAAGGUCAAAACAGCCAAAUUUGAUGUUUUAGAGCAUCACAUGGAUCCAUCCAGCAACUUUUGUAAUUACCGCACAGCCCUGCAAGGAGCAGCACAGCGAUCUCAGACUGCCAACAGCAAUCGAGAGAAAAUAGUCAUCCCAGUUUUCAACCUGUUUAUUAAAGAUAUCUACUUUCUGCACAAAAUACAUACAAACCGCUUGCCCAACGGGCAGAUAAACUUCAAGAAAUUCUGGGAAAUUUCGAGACAGAUUCAUGAUUUCCUGACAUGGAAGCAGGUUGAGUGCCCUUUUGAAAAAGACAAGAAGAUCCAGAGCUACCUACUCACAGCACCCAUUUAUAGUGAAGAAGCUCUGUUCAUUGCGUCCUUUGAAAGUGAAGGUCCGGAAAACCACAUGGAAAAAGACAGCUGGAAAACACUCAGGACAACUCUGCUUAAUAGAGCCUGAGAUUUUUGGAUCUGAUCUGCAGACUUUGAAGCACAUCGAAUGAACGUGUUUUUACAGCCUGAAAGACUUGGACUGAGCUAAGAAAGACCUCACUGGCUGAGGUCUCUUUUGUAUAUACGGUAACUUUUAUGAAAUAAAAUGUGGUAAAUAUUUCACAUGUCAACCUUAAGGCACUUAAGUGAAGGGUUUUGGGUUUUUAUUUUAAAUAUAAGGGCAGGGCCCUGUUCUCAGAGAUGAAAUGUAUCAUGGGAGAUGGUAUCCCUGGGGAGAUCUUAUUCUAUCAGCAUCCAAGUUUUUAUUUUUUAUUACUUCCACCAAAAUAAAUAAAAGUUAAAACACACAUCCCAGCUAAAGCCAGUGUUCAGGUUAAAUACUCCGUUGGACCAGUAUCGUACAGAACACUCAACACGUCUCUCUAGCUUUGAGGUGAAGGGUCUCCUUCACAUCAGUGAUACCGUUCGCAUGUGUUAGUAAGUGUUUGUAGAGUCAAGGCCUUUGACAUCUGCAGCAAGCGUGUUCCUCUCCUACAUCAGAAAAUAGUGCCUUACAAGGUACUGAUAUCGUUUAGUGUACCUUCUAUUACGCUGGACUGGAAGUAAAGAAAAUAAAAAUAUGGAUGUCUCGAAACCAGCUACGAUGUACUUUUUAAAUAAAAUGGAGAAUAUGGCACAUGAAGUAGAGUAUACCUGCCUGUAACAUUGAUGGUGCAGCAAACGUAUUUUUGUUACAUGAUUUAAACAGAUAAGAUGGGGUAACUGCUGGGGGAUGUGCGUUUGUGUGUGCGUAUGUGUGCGUGCAUGUGUGAAGAUGCACACAUGUCUAAGUUUUAAUACUUACUUCUGGGAACUAGCCUUUAAAUUCUGGCUGUCAGAAUAGUUUGUGUUUUCCUUUUUAAAAAUCAGGGAUUUUUGUUUUGUUUUGUUUAAGAGAAUGAUGUCUAACCUAGAUUAUCUCUGCAAAACAGGCUCCACGUGAGCUAGGGAGAGGGAAGUAAACUCAGAUGUCCAAUUUGAAGUUAAGGCUAAAAUUUCCAAAGAAGCUUGAGUUCAUCACCACUGAACGGGGCAUUUAAUUCCCUUGUUUCCUUCGAAAAUGCUAGUCUGCACUUACAGACGAUUAAAGCAAAGACCAGCUUAUGAUGCAAGCUUUUCCUAGUAUUUUGCAAGCCAUGAUUAACUGGCCGGAUUAACUGGUCUGGGCCAGAACCCAUUGAAAUCCGAGGGAAAACACCACAAGAAAUUGGUCAAACCUUUGAACCCAGGUCAGUACCAAAAUUAGAGAUGAUCUGUAAACCCGCUGAUGCUUACCAUUUCUAAUUUCUCCUUUUAGCCCUGAGUUUGCACCUAAUUUGGCUACCCAAAUGAGCACCCCAGGAGCUUAUGUUAUGUUAAGAUUCAAGGUAUUCAUUUCCAGGAAAAAAUAUACAGUUCAGGACUUACUUUCUCACCUGAUCUCUGA